AUGGAUGAGGUUAGACAUGGAGGUAGUAGUAGUUGUAGUAGUGAAGCGGAGCAGACUCAGUCCAGAGCUACGUUUGUUGAAACGGCGUCGUCUUCCUCUUCAUCAGGAUGGUGUCCCAGGGAGCUUGCUUUUGCUCCUUUUGUGCCGCAGCAACAAAAAGAAGAUAAACGAGUUAAUGCUGCUGGGAAAUCCUCAAAGUAUCGUGCACUUGUUAGGAAGCCUUUGGUGGCAAGAUUGACCAAGGAAAUAGUUGAAACAUAUCAAAUAUGCAAUCCACAGUUUAAAUAUUCCGAAGAUCUAAAUCCAAAGAGAUUUUUGACCAGUCCAUCUACUGGAGUGCUUAAUGAUGGCUAUGAUAAUCUAAACUCAGAUCUUAUUCUGACAGUGAAUUUGGUCUUGAUCCAUGUAGAGAAAAGUAGAAGAUAUACUGUCAAAGAUCUCCUUGGCCACGGGACAUUUGGACAAGUGGCCAAAUGCUGGGAUUCCGAUACCAACAGUUUUGUUGCUGUGAAGAUCAUUAAAAAUCAACCUGCGUAUUAUCAACAGGCGCUGGUUGAAGUAACUAUUUUAACAACGUUAAAUAAGAAGUACGAUCCUGAGGAUAAGCAUCACAUUGUUCGUAUAUUUGAUUAUUUUGUAUAUCAACGGCAUUUGUGCAUAUGCUUUGAAUUGCUGGACACAAACCUGUAUGAGCUUAUCAAAAUGAAUCAUUUUAGGGGAUUGUCACUUGGUAUUGUUCAGCUGUUCUCUAAGCAGAUUUUAUGUGGACUGGCUCUAUUAAAAGAUGCUGGCAUUAUUCAUUGUGAUCUGAAGCCAGAAAACAUCCUUUUAUGUGCGAGGUCUCCUGAGGUUCUUCCUGGAUAUCAAUACACAACAGCUAUUGAUAUGUGGUCCUUUGGGUGCAUAGUGGCGGAAUUAUUUCUUGGAUUACCAUUAUUCCCCGGGGCUUCAGAAUUUGAUCUUUUGAAAAGGAUGAUUGAAAUAAUUGGGUAUAUACAAUUUUGUUACUACCAUAUAGCUUAUAAUGAGAUUGAGUGUGAAUUCCAACAAUUUUUUAUUGCAUUGCAGGCUGGAUUUAGGUACCAUCAUGCUGAGUCAGAUUACUUGAUGCUUGUAUAUUGGAUCCCUCAUACCCCUGAUAGCAUUCCUGCAAAUGCUUCACACCGUCUCGGCGUUGGUGCUUUUAUCGUCAAUAACAAAAGAGAGGUGCUUGUGGUUCAGGAAACCAGUGGUAGAUUUGGAGGCACAGGUGUAUGGAAGAUGCCUACUGGAGCUGUUAAUGAAGGCGAGGAUAUUUGUGAUGCUGUAAUUAGAGAAGUGAAGGAAGAGACAGGGGUAGAGACAGAGUUUGUUGAAGUUUUAGCUUUCAGGCAAAGCCAUAAAUCUUUUUUUUCAGAAAUCAGACUUGCCUCAGAAAUUGAAGCAACUAAGUGGAUGCCUGUUGAAGACUAUGCAGCCCAACCUUUUGUGCAAGAAAACGAGCUCUUUGAUUUUAUUGCGAAAAUAUGCUUAUCGAAGUUGAAUGACAACUACACUAGUUUUUCUAACGUACCUACUACUACAUCUUCUGGCAAAAAAACUUAUCUGUAUUUAAACAAUGAUGCUAUUGGUAGCCACUUGUUAGCUUCCAAAGAGCAAGCUUAG